AGAAUCUCCAACCAAGCAGACCCAGCAUGUUUCCUUGUUAUCUUCCGAGUCUGGUUCAACUGUUUCACUCGUAGCCGAGAUCUCGUACGGUCAAUGACAUGGGCGUUGAGGAAACUGGCUAACCAAAGCAUUGCUCCGCUGACUAACAUUCCCUCUAACGCCAUCACAGAUGCGUGGAGAGAGGAUGUCAUUGCUGUAUAUAACCUGGAUUUAUGAGACUAUUUAAGUACCUUCUUCGCGUCCCAAUUCUCUUCACUCAACAUUUUUUUUUGGUUGUCUCUCAGUAGUUCUCCCAAUCCCAUUGACACAUAACUACAAAACAUGUCCUCACUUAUCUCAACUGAAAUGCAAUUUGUAAACAAAGCAGCUCCAAAUGUACCGUACUUUACGCCUGCUCAAGAUCCACCAGCCGGCACGGCGUUAGAUCCGCAGCCUGAUGGCAAACCAGUUCCAAAACUCUUUAAGCCCCUGCAACUUCGAGGCAUGAAGUUGCAGAAUCGAAUAAUGCUUUCCCCGUUGUGUCAGUACUCCGCAGAGGAUGGCCACGCAACAAUGUGGCACAAGACUCACCUUGGAGGUAUCAUCCAACGCGGACCCGGUCUGACCACUGUUGAGGCAACUGCCGUCCUUCCUGAGGGUCGCAUUACACCAGAAGACUUGGGUUUGUGGAAGGACAGCCAAACGGGGCCAUUGAAGGAGAUUGUCGACUUUGCUCAUUCUCAAGGCCAGAAGAUUAUGAUCCAGCUUGCCCAUGCUGGGCGGAAAGCUUCGACUGUAGCUCCUUGGCUGAGUGCUGGUGCCACUGCUACUGAGGCGCUCAACGGCUGGCCCAACAAUGUCUACGCACCUAGUGCCAUUGCUUUCAACGAACAUUUUCCACAACCCAAGGCGAUGACCAAGGCAGAUAUUGAAACUUUCAAGACUGCGUAUGUUGCUGCUGUCAAGCGAGCCAUUGCAGUAGGCUUUGACGCUAUUGAGAUACAUUCCGCUCAUGGAUACUUGCUGCACGAGUUUUUAUCCCCUAUUUCAAACCGUCGCACUGAUGAGUACGGCGGUUCCUUCGAGAAUCGCACCCGUCUUCUCCUAGAGCUUGUUGAUCUCGUGAGGGGAACGAUGCCAAAGGACAUGCCACUCUUUGUGCGUAUUAGUGCCACGGACUGGCUCGAGGAGGCUGUUCCAGAUCAAGAGAGCUGGAAGGUUGAGGACUCCGUGCGUCUUGCAACGAUCCUGGCUGAGAAGGGAGUCGAUCUCCUCGACGUAUCGUCCGGAGGGAUGGACCCUCGCCAGCGGAUUCGUGCAGGGCCGGGCUACCAAGUGCCGUUCGCGAAGGCGAUCAAAGCAGCCGUAGGUGAUAAGAUGGCUGUCGGCACUGUGGGCGCGAUCACGGAAGGCAAGCAAGCAAAUGGAUAUCUUGAGGAGGGCUUAGACCUCAUCAUCGUCGGACGUGGUUUCCAGAAGAACCCUGGUAUUGUUUGGCAAUUCGCUGAUGAUCUAGACAUCCAAGUGAACUGGGCUAAUCAGAUCCGCUGGGGUUUUGGUGGCCGGGGCAAGAAAUAGAGCACGAACGCUUCAUCACAAUGCCUGUGAAUAUGCGUUUAGAGAUACCCGUGUAGAACGUGUAAUAGAUAGAUGUUGGUGAAAUCUGUCGUUCUUCGUCAUUUUGUGCCAGCGAGUUUGCAGAAUUCCGAUCGGCAAAUAUUAGGAAUCGCUGACUGCCUACCAGAAAGCCUGAGUCAAGACGAACAGACCUGGUUACCCUCUCAAAAGUAUCGUACAUACUACACAUUAUUUUGCCGCCGGAUCGAGAGUACGAGCAUUAACAGGACCACACGAUCUCGAACGUAAUCAUCAGCUUCUUCAUUGGGAGCAGCAACGGCAGCUUGUGAAAAGUUUUUUAAAU